AACAAUUCAAAGAGUGAAGCGUGUGGAGAUGCCCUUGAGUGUGCUUUAGCAAAAUCUGCUAUGGGAAACAAAACAGUGAUAAUUGCCGUAGUGAAUAGGGCUUAUGCUGAGCAAGAUGUGGAGAGUGACAACACAAUGCUUGAUCUAUUUCUCAACAGUUUUUGGCUUGGAGAGGGAACAAGAUCUCUCAUUCAUCACAUUCUCUUAGUUGCUGUUGAUCAAAUUGCCUAUGAAAGAUGUCAAUUUCUGAAGAUGAACUGCAUCAAAUUGGAAACAGAUGGUGUUGAUUUCGAAGGUGAGAAAGUUUACAUGUCUCACGAUUUCCUCAAGAUGAUGUGGAAGAGGACUCAGUUUCUCUUGGAUGUUCUCAAACAUGGCUACAAUCUCAUUUUCACA